ACGGGAGCAUAUGGAAGUUAAAACGAAGAGAACAAACAUUUCUGACCGUGACUCCAACGGAAAGUGUCAUUUAUCGGCAAGAUAUCAUCGAAUCGUAACCAGCUUCAAGAUGUACUCCAAAGUCCGCGGAAGUUACUUUUUGACAGAAAUAAUCGUCCUCAUCUUUUUCGCGAGUUCCUGCAGUUGUUAUAGCAAUCUCACAGAAUUUACCAACGAAGUGCAUCAUCGAGACAAGCGUUUCGUCAGUUUUGUCGUUGGUGGAGGUGUUGCUAAAAUCGUUCUUGGUGGAGUUUUUCCGGUAUUCUUUCAUCACAAACUGAAACGUAGUUUGAAUGCGGCACUGAAUCUGCAGGCGAACUAUGCCAUCCCGGCGAGAAUUGUUUGGCCAGUUCCCGAGCAUGUGUUCAAGCAACGAUUGAGUGACGCCUAUGUGGACAACAGCCGACCGCAGCUGUAUAAUGUGCUGGAGAGAAUGAUCGAUAGCUGGGGCAGAAAUGGUAGGGCGUGUUUGCUGAGAACUAUUUGCGAGGUGGCCGAAACUCCACUGAGUCACAACGGAAUGUUCGGCGAGAUAUUGGAUGUGAUUUUCACCCCAACCGAAACGGACGUUAUGGAUAGCGAUUAUAAACUGGCCCGGAAGUAUGGCAUGCAUGGGGUUAAAUGCGCUGGUGUGUACAGUAAAUGUCUUCUUGGUCACGGCUUUUUGGAUGCGAUAUCAACUGUGAAUGUUAUGAGCUAAUUUGUUAAAUAUUAAACGAAUAAAUGUUGAUGAGAUUUUUCGCUAGAGUCAGGAAACGACUCUUGCUAUUGCACAAAUCUCGUGAUAGUGCUAGCUAAAUGGU